AUGUCCCUCGAUCUCUUCUCUUCCACUCUACCUGAAUCACUCAUGGAAACUCAAAACAACCCCAUAUUUUACACCCACCACCCUCAACUGCCGUCUUCCGCAUUAGGUGAUAUAAACUUCAACCCUCACAACGAUAGACAUGAACUGGAACAAGUUUUCAUUAACACCGAUAUCACUACCACCAUCGCUAAAGAACACAUGUUUCAAAAAACCCUAACUCUAAGUGAUGUCGGAAAACUCAACCGUCUUGUCAUUCCCAAACACCAUGCCGAGAAAUACUUCCCGUUCGGAGGUGGUGGUGACGCCACCAACCAACGGAAAGGUUUGGUACUGAGUUUUGAGGACGAGUCUGGGAAGCUAUGGCGGUUCCAGUACUCGUACUGGAAAAGUAGUCAAAGCUACGUGUUGACCAAAGGUUGGAACGGAAUGGUGGCGGCGGUGGCUCAGCCGGUUAAUGGCGGUGCUCAGAUUAAUCAGUGGAGCAACAUGGCGGUGUUACAUCAUGCGCAGUCUCAUUAUCCUUCACACCAUCCGCCUAUAUCUAUUCCUCUACGAUACCAACCCGACUGUCUUCAUGCAGGCAUGAUAGCAACAAGACGAUUGCGAUUGUUUGGGGUGAACCUUGAGUGCUCAAAUAAUUACGAGCCACAAUCCCCAGAUAAUUCGAGCCACGGUGGUCAAUAAGAUCUGCGAUAUAUGUCUUCAGUUCCAAAAAUAUUCAUCAAGACACGCAGAUGAGAUACCAUCAACAUGAAAGAUGAAAAAUAUCAGGAGUUCGGAUUUUUCAAUGGCAAAAAAGAAAAGAAGAUCCCAGAUUUCUCGCAGACUUUUAAAGAACAUUAUAGAAAGGUCAUUCUAGAUGCUCUCUAAAAGGG